AAAAUGGAUUGAGCUUCCUCUCGCUACGUCACUCUGGGAUAGGCUGCGAGCUCUUGAGCAACGCUGUCAGUCAACGGGUUUCGAGCUGAUUACCUACGCUCUCUCUUGACUGGAACCCCCAAGCCGGAGAAAGUAGCCUUGCCUGUCGUCAGGUUUAGGCUCCGGGAUUAAAGUGGUCGCCAGUCUCACCGCUUUCGUCGAAACUACCAGUUGGGAUUCAUGCUGUGUUGCUUAGCUAAAUGCGGUACGAAGCUAAAAUGAUGCCGAUGUUCCUGACUGUAUACCUCAGUAACAAUGACCAGCAUUUCACUGAGGUUCCCGUUACCCCGGAGACGUUGUGCCGGGAUGUGGUGGACUUGUGCAAGGAGUCGGGGGAAACGGACUGCCAUUUGGCUGAGAUGUGGCGUGGCUCUGAAAGAGCUGUAGGGGAAGGCGAGAGGAUGUUGGAUGUACUCCAAAGAUGGGGACAGCACAGAGCAGAGGUGCGAUUCUUUCUGCGUCACAGCCGAGCCCCUAGCAGGGAGUCUGGUGGGUCAAGAGGCUCUGAUUCAAAAAGAAAUGGAGUAAGGGGUCCUCCAGACAGAAGGCUUGAAAACGGGGUGGCAACGCCUCGAAUGGACAUGACGCUGGCUGAGCUGCAAGAGAUGGCUGCUAGGCAGCAGCAACAGAUAGAAGCUCAACAACAGCUCCUCGCUUCCAAGGAGCAGCGGCUGCGCUACUUGAAGCAACAGGAGCAGCGUCAGCAGCAGCAGGCCUCUGAGCAGGAAAAGCUUCAGCGCCUCCGAGAGAACAUCGCAAAUCAGGAAGCUCGGCUCAAGAAGGUCAGGGCCCUCAAGGGCCAGGUGGAGCAGAAACGUCUCAGCAAUGGCAAACUGGUGGAGGAAAUAGAGCAAAUGAAUAACCUGUUCCAGCAGAAGCAGAGAGAACUAGUGAUGGCUUCCUCCAAAGUAGAGGAGCUCAGCCGACAGCUGGAGUUACUUAAAAAUGGCAAAAUGGACAAUUUCCAUGACAACCAAAGCUCAGUGGCUGAGCUAGACCGCCUCUACAAGGAGCUGCAGCUGAGGAAUAAGCUCAACCAAGAUCAAAACUCCAAGUUGCAGCAACAGAGAGAGAGCCUAAAUAAACGCAACAUGGAGGUGGCGGCCAUGGACAAACGGAUCAUUGAGCUCCGAGAUCGGCUGUGGAAGAAGAAGGCAGCCCUUCAACAGAAAGAGAACUUGCCUAAUGGCUAUCCUGGUAAAGAGAGGGCUUCAAAAGACAUUCACCCUCAGCUGCCCUCUGAUGGCCAAGCCGGACAGCAUUCAGGUCCGUCUCGUGUGGCAGCAGUUGGUCCAUACAUACAGUCGUCCACCAUGCCCCGGGGUUCAGCUAGGCAUGAUCUACUUGUAAAGCCAGCCUACCCAGACAGCACUGCCACUUUGCCAUCCCAUGACCCACAGAACAAGGCCAGAACAGGGCUUCAGCCUGGAAAGCUUGCAGACUGGAGCUCUUCAGGUCCAGAAUCAAACUCCAAUGGUCAUGGUUUAUCUUCAACACUGCCACGAAUGACUUCCCACUCCAGCUCUAACACAGAACAAGAUGAGUCUGAUCUGAAGAGGGACAAGAAGGUGCGUCCAGUCUCUAUGUUUGAGCCAACAGAUGUUCCCGCCACCACCCUCCGCAAAAACCAGAGCAGUGAUGACCUGGUCAGGGACGCCCAGUCUGCUCCUAAGGCUCCAGUCAAGGUGCCCCCCCCUGUCCCCACCAAACCGAAAGGCCCAGGUGUUGUUCCCUAUGGAAAAUCAGGCCUCAACACAGGCACGUUCCCUAAAGCCAAGCCACACAACCAGCAGCCUCAGGCUGCCCAGAGCCGCAGCCCUCUCCCACCCUCACAGAGCCAGACGCUUCCCUUACCCCCCAAGCAGGACACUCCACCUGCAGCUACGGUACGACCCUUCACUCCAGAGCUUCCAUCCUCCAAAGACAACAGCCUGAGUAAGCCACAAACACUGGCAGCCAGCUCCAUUUACUCCAUGUACACAAAGCAGCCUGGCUCAGGAAAACCCUUCCAGCCUGGGAUCCAAGGAGCUCUCAACAGGACUCAAAACCGCACCAAUGGAUUUGUCAGUGUAUAUGGUAAACCAGUGAUCCCUAGUGGAGGCUCCCAGCAUCCAGAGAACCCAUACCUAGAGAGUCGCUCCCCUGCUUCAGACAAUGAAGUUGACCACAGUGGAGCCAACAGUACAGGUCCCAGCCCGUCUGAGGGCCCCCAGACAGAAACGGAGCGCAUCCCCCGGCCCCUCAGCCCUACCAAGCUUCUCCCCUUCAUUUCAAAUCCCUACAGGCAUCAGAGUGAUGGUGACCUGGAAGCCCUGAGAAAGAAGCUCUACAAUGCCCCAAGGCCCCUGAAGAAACGCAGUUCUAUCACUGAACCAGAAGGCCCAUCAGGGCCCAACAUUCAGAAACUCCUCUAUCAGAAGACCACACUGGCAGCUAUGGAGACCACUGUGAACACACAAAACACUCCCACCUAUGCUGGAGAAGCAGAGAAGGCAGCUGAUGGACCCGUGGGGCCACAUGGUCCAAGCCCUCUGAGUGGCGCUGAAAACAUCCCAUCAGAGACGGGACAGACUAUGGAGGGAGGACAGCUCCAAUCUCACACUGCAGACACCAGUGUCCCAGUUCCAACUACGACUGAGCAAACCAAACCACCCUUAGCCAUCCCAGAAAGUGAUGACAUUAUCCCCCCUCCUCCACCAUCCCACCCAGCACCCAGGCCAGAUGAUGCUCUCUUCCCUCAACCACCCCCUGCUAGCUUGGAUGACACAAUGCCCAACUUGCCCCCUCCACCUCCAGAAGGCUUCCUGGAAGAGUUCCCUCCAUACCCACCACCCCCGUACCCCAGUGGAGCAGAACAGGACAGCUUGGGAGAAGACACCUUUAACAUGAAGGCGCCUGAGGUCACUGGGCAGGUCACACUUCCACCGGGAAAGAGAACCAACCUGCGCAAACCUGGCUCUGAACGGAUCGAUCACAGCAUGAGGGUGAAAUUCAACCCACUGGCUCUACUGCUGGAUUCUUCUCUGGAGGGAGAGUUUGACCUGGUCCAGAGAAUCAUAUAUGAAGUGGAGGAUCCCAGUCUGCCUAACGAUGAGGGCAUCACUGCUCUACACAAUGCUGUUUGUGCCGGACAUACAGAAAUCGUUAAGUUUCUGGUUCAGUUUGGUGUCAACGUUAAUGCAGCCGACAGUGACGGCUGGACACCCCUUCACUGUGCUGCAUCUUGCAAUAAUGUACAAGUUUGCAAGUUUCUGGUGGAGUCGGGUGCAGCAGUCUUCGCUAUGACUUACAGCGACAUGCAAACGGCAGCUGAUAAAUGUGAAGAAAUGGAAGAGGGCUAUACACAGUGCUCCCAGUUCCUUUAUGGUGUGCAAGAGAAGAUGGGCAUCAUGAACAGGGGUGUGGUGUAUGGUCUGUGGGACUACACUAGUGAAAACCCAGAUGAACUCUCCUUCCGCGAAGGAGACUGCAUGACCAUCAUUCGCAGAGAAGAUGAGGAUGAGAUCGAAUGGUGGUGGGCACGCUUGGGUGACACAGAGGGUUACAUUCCCCGCAACCUCCUAGGGCUUUACCCCAGAAUAAAACCAAGACAGAGAACCCUGGCCUGAAACAAAGUUCAGUCUGACAGGAGAAUAUAUAAAACACAGACACACAGAGGCUUUAACAGACAGGAGAGGAAAUGGACAUAACCGAAAAGGAGAGAUGAGGACAGACCAAACAAGAUGAAGGAUUAACAAUUUCUGGCACUUUGCUGUAUCUACGACAGAGGAACACCACCACCUUUCUCCACUCACUUUUCCGGGGCACACUUUGUAUUUGACACACUAAACUUUGUUUUCCCUUAUUCUGCUUUUUUUUCUUCUUGUAGUUACUAUCCAAAACUACAUCUAUAAUGACUCAAAUGUUGGAAUAUAAAUGGAACAAACAGUAUUUUUAUCCCUAGAUGAUCAUUUUUACUCUUUUGAAUAGCCUUUUAAAGAUGUUUUUCUGGUUAUUUUCUUACUCACUCUGGGUUCAACAUUGCAUAAGUUUAAUGAGCAGAUGAGGACAGUGAUGCUUUUGAAAUGCUCUGCUACCAUGACAAUCUUUGGCGGUUUAUUUCUUAUCUUCUGUGCCAUGUGGCAGUCCCUUUGUAUAAUCUGUACUGGGGGUAUACAGUUUCUGACUACUACUGUUCUGGGUACACACAAUGAAAAGGAAAUGACUGGCAGAGGAUUCUGAGAUGAGAUGCAGUCGCUUUGUGUCCAGUGAUGCCCAGAAAGCCAGUCAACUGUCAUGCUGGCACGUGGUUGAGAUGCCAUAGAUACUGUUUUUGUUACUGAAAAUGAGAAAAAUGUUGCAAUAGGAAUUAUAAUUGUUAUGAAAACAGAAUUUCAAACCUUUGAAGUGGGCCUUUGGAUAAAAAAGAGCUGUCAUGCAGUAUGUUUUUGAUUUUUCUUUCAAACAGUCAUUCCAUAAGAUUACAGUAACGUGAGCGUAAAGCUAAUACCUGAAGCCUUGGUUUUCCUUUUUUAUAUGACGUAUAACGUAAUCUGAAUUUCUUGGCAAAUCGUGUCCUAAAGGCAAAAAAACAUAUGAAUAGAUAUUAUGAAACUUAGAAGAUCUCAAAACCCAGCUUGCCACAUAACUGUUUGUGCAGAUGUAUUUAUUUUUGUUACUUUUUCUUUAGCCCUUUAAUCAGACAUAUAAUCACAAGUGUCCUGUAGUAUUUUAAACAUUUACAUUAAAGUUGUUUGUACUAGA